ACAGUGCAUCAUUGGUCAAACCCCCAACAGUUCGUGGCUUCGUCUGCUUGAAGAUCAAGUACCAAUCGUUUUAAUUUGGCUGAGAUUGUCGGGAAGUGGCAGAGAUUAAAGUUCUGUCAGCAGCAACAAAAGUACUCUCUUCGUUUUUUACUUGUGCAGGUGAAGAUUGACAUGUAAAUAAUACCAUAACAUUGAGAGAACUAGUCUUGUAGUUGGUAACAUGGCUGGGGGGAAUGGUGUGAUUGGUGUCAAUGGUGAUAUCAAUAAUCAUGGGAAUAAUUCAGAAGAAGAGAAAAGUUCAGCCCCGGUGAAUAUGGAUCAACAAAGCUCAUCAGAUAGCAAGGGCGAUGAGAAAGUUGAGAAGAUCCCUUUUUCCAAGUUAUUCUCCUUUGCAGAUGAGACCGAUAUUCUCUUGAUGGUUGCCGGCACGAUUGGGGCCAUUGGGAAUGGAUCAUGUAUGCCCCUCAUGACAAUUUUCUAUGGGAAGAUGAUAGAUGCUUUUGGAGCUAAUCAAAAUGCAGAUGUACUCUCAGUUGCUUCAAAGGUCUGUCUGAAAUUUGUUUACCUGGCUAUGGGGGCACUAGUGGCAGCAUUUCUCCAGGUGUCUUGCUGGAUGAUCACAGGGGAAAGACAAGCUGCAAGAAUUAGAGGUUUGUAUUUGAAAACAAUAUUAAGACAAGAUGUUGCUUUCUUCGACCUGGAAACAAACACCGGUGAGGUUGUUGGAAGAAUGUCUGGGGACACUGUUCUCAUACAAGAUGCCAUGGGGGAAAAGGUUGGGAAGUUCAUACAGCUGCUUUCCACAUUCCUUGCAGGGAUUAUUAUAGCAUUCAUCAAAGGGUGGCUUCUGACUCUUGUCAUGUUAUCCUGUAUUCCUUUGAUGGUGGCAGCUGGUGCAGCGAUCUCCAUAAUUAUAACCAAGAUGGCAUCCCGUGGACAAGCUGCUUAUGCCAAAGCAGGAAAUGUAGUUGAACAAACAAUCGGGUCCAUUAGAACUGUUGCAUCAUUUACUGGCGAGAGAGAAGCUAUAAGGUCUUAUAACAAGUAUCUAAUAGAUGCUUACAAAUCAGGUGUUCAUGAAGGUUCAGCUGCUGGAAUGGGUGUUGCUUUUGCUAUGUGUAUAGUGUACUGCUCAUAUGCCUUGCCUAUAUGGUACGGUUCAAAGAUGAUAAGGGAGAAUGGAUAUACUGGGGGUCAAGUACUCAAUGUCAUUGUCGCUAUGUUGAUUGGAUCUAUGUCUUUGGGACAGGCAUCACCAUGCAUGAGUGCAUUUGCUUCUGGUCAAGCUGCAGCUUAUAAGAUGUUUCAGACUAUUAGUAGGAAGCCAGAGAUAGAUGCUUAUGAUGAAAAAGGAAAGAUUUUGGAUGACAUUUCGGGAGACAUAGAGUUGAGGGAUGUUUAUUUCAGCUAUCCAGCUAGGCCGGAUGAACAAAUAUUUGACGGAUUUUCUCUUUGUAUCCCUCAUGGCACAACUGCUGCUUUGGUUGGAGAAAGUGGAAGUGGCAAGUCUACAGUCAUUAGUCUGCUAGAGAGAUUUUAUGAUCCGCGGGCUGGUGAAGUUUUAAUAGAUGGCAUAAACCUAAAGGAAUAUCAGCUCAAAUGGAUUCGGAGUAAAAUUGGUCUUGUAAGUCAGGAACCUGUCCUGUUUGCAUCCAGCAUUAAGGAAAAUAUUGCCUACGGAAAGGAUGGUGCUACCACUGAAGAAAUUCAAGCUGCAGCUGAGCUUGCAAAUGCGGCUAAAUUUGUUGAUAAAUUGCCUCAGGGGCUUGACACCAUGGUCGGUGAGCAUGGAACUCAGCUGUCUGGUGGACAGAAGCAGAGAAUCGCUAUUGCAAGAGCAAUUUUGAAAGAUCCAAGGAUUUUACUUCUAGAUGAAGCUACAAGUGCACUUGAUGCAGAGUCUGAGAGGGUAGUUCAAGAAGCACUGGAUAGGAUUAUGGUUAAUCGAACUACUGUUGUUGUUGCUCAUCGUUUGAGCACAGUCAGGAAUGCAGACAUGAUUGCCGUCAUCCAUAAAGGAAAGAUGGUUGAAAAAGGUUCGCACUCAGAUUUACUCAGAGAUCCUAUGGGAGCAUACUCUCAGCUUAUACGCUUGCAAGAAGUAAACAAGGGCUCGGAACAUAUGACAGAAGACCAAAGCAAACCUCAAAAAACAUCAAGUCAAAGAUCCUUGAGUAGAAAUUCCUCUGUAGGAAAUAGCAGCCGUCAUUCAUUUUCAGUCGCAUUCGGUUUACCCACAGGACUUGACGACAAUGCUGUCCAAGAUGCUGCGUAUGGAGACACAGAAUUAGCACCAGAGAAACCUCCAAAGGUCUCACUCCGCCGCCUUGCUGCCCUCAACAAACCUGAGAUUCUUGUACUUAUUAUUGGAACUAUAGCUGCAUGCAUCAACGGUAUUAUACAACCAAUAUCAGCUCUUCUCAUUUCCCGGGUUAUAAAGACUUUCUAUGAACCACCUCAUCAACAGAAGAAAGAUGCAGCAUUUUGGGCAAUAAUGUUUGUGGUCCUUGGUCUGAUAACAUUGGUGGUGACCCCAGCACGAGGAUUUUUCUUCUCAGUAGCUGGCUGUAAGUUGGUUCAGCGCAUCAGAUUAUUGUGUUUUGAGAGAGUGGUUUACAUGGAGGUUGGGUGGUUUGAUGAGCCUGCAAACUCAAGUGGUUCAAUUGGUGCAAGGCUCUCAGCAGAUGCAGCCACAGUGAGGGCCCUAGUUGGUGAUUCUCUAGCUCAGACAGUUCAAAACAUAGCGACUGCAGUUGCUGGUUUGAUCAUUGCUUAUAUUGCAUGUUGGCAGCUGGCAUUCAUUGUCCUCGCACUACUUCCUCUAAUCGCAGUUAAUGGUUAUGUACAAAUAAAGUUCAUGAAAGGAUUCAGCGCAGAUGCGAAGAUGAUGUAUGAGGAGGCAAGCCAAGUUGCUAGUGACGCUGUUGGAAGUAUAAGGACGGUUGCAUCUUUCUGUGCUGAAGAGAAGGUAAUGGAACUAUACAGGAGGAAAUGUGAAGGCCCUAUGAAAGCCGGGAUACGAGAAGGCUUGAUCAAUGGAACAGGAUUUGGGGUGUCUUUCUUCUUUUUGUUUUGUGUCUAUGCAACCAGUUUCUAUGCGGGAGCUCAACUCGUGAAGGCUGGCAAAACAACAUUUUCGGAUGUUUUCCAAGUUUUCUUGGCUCUGACCAUGGCAGCUGCCGGAAUUUCUAAAUCAAGCUCCUUUGGUUCUGAUACUGGUCGAGCCAAAAAUGCUGCUGCCUCUAUAUUUGCAAUGAUAGACCGGCCAUCGAAGAUAGAUGCAAGUAAAGAGUCUGGUAUGAAGAUUGAUGGUGAUGUGAAAGGAGAGAUUGAGCUUCGCCAUGUCAGCUUUAAGUAUCCAUCUAGGCCAGAUACACCUAUUUUUCGAGACCUCAAUUUAACUAUCCGCUCUGGCAUGACAGUUGCCUUGGUUGGAGAAAGUGGGAGUGGAAAAUCAACUGUGGUUGCAUUGUUGCAAAGAUUUUAUGAUCCGGAUUCCGGUCAUAUCACACUUGAUGGAAUUGAACUUUGCAACUACAACUUGAAAUGGUUGAGACAGCAGAUGGGACUCGUUAGCCAAGAACCUGUUUUGUUUAAUGACACCAUUCGCGCCAACAUUGCCUAUGGAAAGGAAGAAAUUGCAACUGAGGCAGAAAUCAUAGCUGCAUCAGAGUUGGCCAAUGCCCACAAGUUCAUCAGCAGCCUACACCAGGGCUAUGAUACAGUAGUAGGAGAACGAGGAAUCCAAUUAUCUGGAGGACAGAAACAACGUGUAGCCAUUGCGCGUGCUAUAAUCAAGAGCCCCAAGAUAUUACUUUUAGAUGAAGCUACAAGUGCACUUGAUGCCGAGUCAGAGAGAGUGGUUCAAGAUGCAUUAGACCGAGUAAUGGUGAACCGGACAACAGUGGUGGUGGCUCAUAGACUGUCCACAAUUAAAAACGCUGAUGUGAUUGCAGUGGUCAAGACUGGAGUUAUAGUUGAGAAAGGGAAGCAUGAAAAUUUGAUUAAUAUCACCGAUGGGUUUUAUGCAUCCCUAGUUGCUCUUCACAUGAGCUCUUCGACUGCAUGAUGUGUUCCUCCUUGUUCUUCAUGCUGUUGAAAACUUCUGGUUUGGUUAAAACAAUCUACUCUUUCCACCACAGAACACCCGAAGAGGGCACUCAGCAAAGAUGCAUGUAACAAGUAGCAAUUAUGUUUUAUUUCUUUCUUAUUACUACGUUACUUCUGCACAUCAAUACUUCUACAGUUCUACUUAAUGUAUAGUUUGAGUGAGUUAAGAUAUAUAGAUGUCACAGUUCACUAUUUUUA